AUGGAGAGACUAUUAGAAAUCACUGCGGCACCAGCCGUAAGUCCAUGUUCUAAAUUUGGCAGUUAUGUAAAAGGCGAGGAUUAUUAUGUUCCCGUACCAAUGGACGAAGUUCGUUCGUGCCUUACUUCAUUUUCAUAUAAUUCAACAGCUGCGAACGAGAUUGUUGAUUCGAUUAUCAAAGCACUUACCGGGUAUUAUGUAUUCCUGGAUUCUGCGCGUGACCCUCCAAAUCCGGGCAACACAUACAAUGAAAUUGAUAUAGUGAGCGCUCUCAAAGCGGUGCUGCAAGGUGAUUUCAAGACGGAUUAUGAUUUCAUGAUUAACGUAACAAAUACAUUAGAUCAACUAAAAGAUGCGCACACAGGUCUUUUCCCUAGUUGUUACGAUGGCUUCACGUACAUCCAAGGCUUAGACCUAUACUCUAUCGUUGAUUCUAAUGGUCAUCAAUCUAUCAAAGUCUGGAAGGAUUUCAUUGACAAUUCAAAUUCUGAAUGCGAUGUACUGUUCAUCGAUGGCAUACCCGCGAUCCAGGCAAUUAAACAGUACGCACGGGAUGACAUUGGUCUAGUCCGUGAUCUUGGCGUCCGAUUUAAUAUGGCACUUACCGCACUCACGGCUGGUGGAACAUCUGAAUUUUCUAACUAUUUUACCCGACGCCAAUAUUUACCGCCAAGUGAUAAAAUCACUUAUACAUUAAAAUGUAAUGGAGUAACAAAGAAGGUCAUACGUAAAUGGACAGCUUGCGGUUCUACUGAAGACUUGGAGAAUGUGACUAGUGCUGAAAAGUACUGGGUUAAAAAUUGCGCGCCGUCUUCUGGUUUUUCUGAUCUUUCUAAGACACGCAAGUCCCAAUAUCGAAAAUUAUUUGAAAAACUAACGCCACAAAUAUUAAAAACUUCACAAACAAAUAAUAUUUGUCGAAUAAUCGAUUCAAGCGUUCCAAACCCUGUAAAAUUAAGUCACGCUCAAUUAUUACUCGACGAAUUUGAAACAAAGUUUUAUUACUUACCAGAACAAGAUACAGGUGUUAUAACAAUGACUGAAGUAGACGUUACAAACUUUAUGAAAGGUUUCCAGAAGUUUAUUGAUAAAGGUGUAAAGAAGAUCAUUCUUGAUCUGACCGGCAAUUCUGGUGGCUCUAUUUUUGCGGCACAUGAUCUGAACAAACUUCUCUUUCCUAAAACCGAUCCUUAUUUUAACACUGACUUUAGGGUUAGUGAUCUCCUCCGAUUAUCCAUCCAAAAUUCGAAAAGUCCAAAUACCAGUAUAACCUAUCCUGGCUUGUGGAUCGAUCCGCAGACAAAGAAGCCAUUUAAAAAUGCCAAAAGUUUUAUUGGUAACAAUGAGUAUACGCGUGGCGGUGUGACCGAACAUUAUACAUCACAAUUAAUUGAGAACGAUAAUCCUUUAUCAGCACAUGUGCUGCCAUGGAAAGCGACGGACUAUGUUAUUCUAUCAAACGGAUUUUGUGGAUCAUCAUGUUCAUUAAUUGCGACACACCUCGCAGAAGAAAAUAAUAUCCUCACCGUCUCUGUUGGUGGGUUUGCUAAUACACCAAUGGCAUUUGCGUCUUUUAGUGGGGGACAAGUAUAUGGCCUUUACAGGAUCUUAAAAGAGCAGAGAGAGAUUGGUUUGGGUAAUAAUUCUCUCGCACCACAACCUCUUCCGGUAUAUGCUGAAUUAACUUUUGCUAUUAGAGAAGCGUAUAGUAAGUCAAAUCCAGAGGAAGUGCUAGAAUUCUCAUAUCGACCGGCAGCAAAACGCUUGUAUUACGAUAACAUAAGUGCUAGGGAUCCGAGUGAAUUGUGGGAACCGCGAUUAAAGGGUGUCAAGGUUUUAGUCUGGAAUGAAGGAUAUCAAAAGUAUACAAGGGAUUUAAGAGUGGUAAAAGAAAAGAAAUGCAAUUCUGGUUAA